GGGAGCGGUUUGAAUCAGGAAGUGCUGAGUGUGAACAUGGAUUCCAGACAGCAAGGAGAGAGCUGGAUGGAGGAUUUAAACUGCUCUAUUUGUCUGGAUUUCUUCACGGUUCCGGUUACACUGGAAUGUGGACAUAAUUUCUGUCGCUCCUGUAUCACCCAGAGUUGGGAAAAACGGGAGAUGAAGUCGUGCCCGGAAUGUAGACAGGGGUUUCUGGAAGUAAACUUUAGGGUGAAUCGUGUUUUAGCGAAUCUGGCCGAGAAAGCUCGAAAAUUAGAUCUGAAUCCACAAGAGAAGGAACGUGAACGUCACUGUGAGGAGCAUCAGGAAGAACUGAAACUGUUUUGUGAAACUGACAAGAAAUUGAUCUGCGUGAUUUGUAGAGAUUCCCGGGAACACAAGUCUCACAGCUUCCUGCCAAUUAAAGAAGCUGUUGGAAUGUACAAGGAGGAACUACGAACCUUCCUAAAACCAAUCGAGGACAAGAAAGAGGAAUGUAACACAGUUAUGAGAGAUUAUGAAAAAACAUUAAUGCACAUUCUGGACCAAGGUGUAAAAACAGAGAAACAGAUUAAAGCUGAAUUUGGAAAACUUCAUCAGUUUCUCCGUGAGGAAGAGAAGAUCUUGUUGGAAGAUUUGAAAAUGGAGAAAGAGAACAAGAGUCAGGAGAUGGAGGAGAUGACUAAAAAGAUAACAGAGGAAAUCACAUCCCUUUCAGUCAUUGUUCAGGAUAUUGAACAAGGGCUGAGGGAACAGGACAGCAUCACAUUUUUAACAAAAAUUCUGGAAUCAAAGGAAAGAGUGAAGCAAACUCUCCCAGAGCCACAGAAGGUUUACCCUUUAAUAAAUGUGGGCAAGUACAUUGGCUCCCUGCAGUACAGAGUGUGGAAAAAGAUGCUGACGGUGAUUAAUACAGCUCCAAUCACCUUGGACUCUAACACAGCUCAUCCUGAUCUUCUCCUGUCUGAGGACCUGAGCACCGUCAGUUGUAAUGGGAAACAACAGCAGCUUCCUAGAAAUCCAGAGAGAUUUGUUCGGAGUGUCCAGGUCCUGGCAUUGGAGGGAUUUACAUCAGGGAAACAUUCCUGGGAGGUGGAGGUGGGGAACCAGACAGAGUGGGCGGCGGGAGUAGUCAAUGAGUCCAUCAACAGGAAGGAGGCCUUCAGCUUAAUUCCAGGAAAUGGAUACUGGUCUGUGAAGCUGAGAGAUGGGAAUAAAAACAGGACUGGUGACACAUCAUCAAAACGCUCAGAGCCUGGUGUUAACAUGAAAAAAAUCCGUGUCUGUCUGGAUUAUGAGGGAGGGAAGGUGUCCUUUUAUAACUCAGAGAACAAGACCCACAUUUAUACUUUCACUGGGACAUUCACUGAGAAACUCUAUCCCUUCUUCAGCUCUUCACUCACUGAUGGGAGUAAAAACACAGACCCCUUGACAAUCUGUCCACGGAGAGUAACAAUCCAGGAAGAUGAAGGUUUUGUCCCUAUUUUCAAACAAAACAGUUGCAAAGAAGUCCCAAAAAUACCGAAACAUCAUUGAUAAAUACCCAGAAGUCUGGGAAAACCUUUUGCAAUUUUCAAAAAGGGAUUAGAUAAAUGCUUGAAGGUGAACCAUUUCCAGGGCUGAGGGGAUAGAGAAGGGAAGUGGGACUAAUUGGAUAGAUCUUUCAAAGAGAUUUGAUGGGCCAAAUGGCCUCCUCCACAACAGGAUUCCACGAAUAGAUAAUCUCAAUUUUGAAUUAUCCUCACAUGAUACUUUAAUUUCCAAAACAUUUUAUCUUAGAACAACUAGUCAGUUCUUGGAUUCUGUGUCAAGGGGAUGCACUUGGUGUUAAUUAACACAGGGGAUCAUAAGAAUAGGAGCAGGCCAUUGGUACAAUCCUGCUCAAUUGUGUCAGCAAAUUUGGAUAUUUCAUUCCAAAUUUUAAUUCCAUUAUCAAAGUCAUUGAUGAGUAUUGUAAAUAAUUGAAGCCCCACCAUAGAUCCCUGGGAGACACCACUAGUCAUGUGCUGCCAAUUUGGGCACUUAUUCAUUAUUCCAACUCUUUGCCACUCAACCAUUAUUCUUUCCAUGUCAGUAAUUUGCCUUCAGUCUCAUCCUUUUCCACCUCAGCUAACAACCUGUCGUGUGGGAUUUUAUCAAAAGCCCUCUGGAGGUUCACACAAACAAUAUCCAUCGACUGACAUCUGUCCAGCACAUUUGUCAGCUCUUCAAAAAAAAAUCUCCAAGUGGAAAUGAGAAUGUUAGUUAGUCAAACAGAAGACUGCAUGGCAAUGAAGAAAGAGUGUUGGGGUCAGACAAACCAGUCUAACAAGACUCAUGAUUCACUGUCAAGCUGUUGGGGAGUAGGGGGCUGGUGCAGGAGGUGGCAAUGGGGUGGGCUGGAGGACCUGAGUGUUACACCCUGUAGGGUAAGAAACGUCUGUUUCAACAUUUUCUCUCAGAAUCUUAACGUGGGCAGGAACAGUUAUCACAGGGUGGCACAGUGGCACAGUGGUUAGCACUGUUGCCUCACAGCUCCAGGGACCCGGGUUUGAUUCCAGCCUU